AUGCGACCGGCUCCGCUUUCCGUCCAUUGUUGCAGUGCUUUUGCGCGACACGUCAUCAGUGUAGCGGGGAAGAGGACGCGGAAAAUGACUUCCGGGGAACUGUCUGCUUGUCGCCGUGUCGUGGAGAAACUCCCAGUCGGGGCCUACGAGCUGCUUCUCAUUCAUUUCUUGCGUUGGCUUGACGUCAUUGGGGUAGCAGGUGAGCCACUAAUCAAUCGUUACCCCAAUUUCACGCCCACUGACGUUUACUCCUACUCGAGCGGAAUGAUUCGCUUUGCCGGACGAUCGGAGUCGCUGGAAUACAUGUUUCUCGACCGACUGAAAAUGCUGAAGGCGGUAUUCAAGUACGACUGGAAAGUGGUGGAUUUUGUGUUGAAGCAAUUGCCGCUGCUCGGGAGCCUGGAGGCAUUGGAACUUGGCGUCGUCGGUCGGGCGGAAACGGAGCUUACCCGUCUGCCCAGCCACGCAUUCGAGCCCGUGCAACGGCACCUGGAAAGUAUGAAAAAUGUCAAGUCUCUGGCGCUGACUGGAGGCACAAAACUUUUGUGGGACUUUGUCACAAUGGGGAUUGCCCGCGGCAGUCGCGAGGCGUUGCUGGAAGUGAAAAUCCCCUCGAUCCGGCUCUCCGACACGGUCGACACGCUCACAGACUGUCCCAACUUGGCAGAUUUGCAAUGCGAGGAGUUCAACGCCGAAGGAGCCUUUGUUGAUGUUAAGGUCCUCGACGAUAGCACUGGGCAGGAAUCCAGUCUGAAGCUCGGUUUUGAUGUCGACACUCAUGCUGUCGAAACGGCGGACGAGCUGUCGCUGCGAGUGAGACGCGACACGCGCCUCGACACCGCCCAGCACAUCAUUGACGUGGCAAACGUCACGAGGUUGUACCUAAACUUGUACGAAGCAGACAGUUUUGGGGUGUCGGUAAUUUUGCCGGCUGUCCAUUCAGCUAGUGCCGGCACUGCCAUCGUGAAACUGACUAUUGAGGAUGCCAGAGAUUGUGACCUCGGGAUUGUGAUGUCAACUUGCCCGCAGUUGAGAAACGUGUGUUUCAUCAGCUGUCAACUCGGGCUCUGGAACCCGGACAGUGGAUUCAAAGUAGGCCCCGGAAGAUUAACGGACUUUGUCCUCUACGACUGCUUAUGGUCCCAGGCGAGCCUUGUCAGUUUCAUCUCGCAGGCAACCCAGUUGGAAACCCUGAUCCUGGUUGACGUGUGUGAUUCGAUGACGUCGACGCUGGUACCCUUGUUUUCUUUGAUGGGAGAGGUUCAGCGAGUCAACCCUUUGAUACAUAUCGGACGCUUGAAGUUUGGGGACGAUGAGCGGGAUAUUCAACGAGCCUUGGAAAUCUGCUCCAAGUUCCUAAGCCUGGACGUGCUUGAAUGGGAAGCGAGCUGGAGUUGGCGGACCUGCAGGAACGCCGAAGAAACCCCUAAUUUUUCCUUGGCUGAGCCCGUCAUCCGAUUGCAUUCCAACCAGGCUAGCUUUGAUUAGCAUGCCAAUUUAUACGAUUGGCUGUUUCCGUUCCACCUUGUAUUACACUUCAUACGAGAUUAUCUUGGAAGCAUUUGGAAAUUCACAUCAAUAACUGGAGUGGCCUGGUACAGUCCUAUUGAAGUGGGGUUUUCCAGCGAGUCCUUGGGAAUUGUCAUGCGCAUCAUCUGGACAUUGAAGCUUAUAACUUGGCGUCGAAAUUUGUUAAGUGGAGCAGCCACUUCAAAAACUCGAAAAGCCCAUCUGCGACACGAUUCCAUUGAUUGCAGUGAAAAUGCAUUGAGCCUAUGACUUGUGAAUUUAAGUAAAAAUUUGAAAAAUAUACAUGAGAUUGUCCAACCCUGAUUAUUUAUUGAAUUUUUCUCUGCCAUCAAUGCAUAUAUAUCCACAGAAAUUGUUUGCCAAAAUUCGAGUAGCACGGAACCAAAUAAAAUGGAAAAUGCAUUCAUUACUUUUUUA